UCCUGGGUUCAGUUGGCCAAUCGUGUUCAGUCUCGCUUUACCUUGCUAUUGAUUCCACUGGAGGACUUUGUUGAGCCCAACUCGCUGGUUGGCAGCACAGACAUCACCUGGCAGCCCCUAAUCCAGCUGUAUGAGGAGGAGGAUGCCCAGUACUGGAUCGAGGUUCGUCCCCAGCUCUCACGACAGCUGUGUUGGAAGCCAGGCCUUCAUUUUUUCACCUUUUUCGUUUAG